AUGGCUGUCGGACGAGGCAGAAAUGUUCUCUGUCUGCACAUGGUGAUGCUGCUGUUUGUACCCCCUUUGCUAACAGGAGAUCAGAUCAGACUGGUUGGUUCUGGUUCUUCUCGAUGUUCUGGAAGAGUGGAGAUCUACCACAGCAGAACAUGGGGAACAGUUUGUAAUGAUGGCUGGGACAUGUCCGAUGCCAAAGUCGUGUGCAGACAGAUGGACUGUGGAGUAGCUAUAAGUGCGACACAAAACGCCCAUUUUGGUGAAGGCUCUGGUCAGAUCUGGCUCGAUGAAGUGAGCUGUUCUGGGAGUGAAAGCUCUUUAACUCAGUGUGGACACGGAGGAUUUGGUUCCCAUAACUGUGAACACAGUGAAGAUGCUGGUGUGAUCUGUUCAGAUGAGAUCAGACUGGUUGGUCCUGGUUCUUCUCGAUGUUCUGGAAGAGUGGAGAUCUACCACAACAGAACAUGGGGAACAGUGUGUGAUGAUGACUGGGACAUGUCCGAUGCCAAAGUCGUGUGCAGACAGAUAGACUGUGGAGGAGCUUUAAGCGCACCAAAAGGUCCUACGUUUGGUCCAGGCUCUGGUCAGAUCUGGCUCGAUGAUGUGAGCUGUUCUGGGAGUGAAAGCUCUUUAACUCAGUGUGGACACGGAGGAUUUGGUUCCCAUAACUGUGGACACAGUGAAGAUGCUGGUGUGAUCUGUUCAGGUAAAAUGUGUUUGUUUACAUUUGACUUGAGAACUUUUUUAAUACUUGUCAUUGCUAGAAUUUAUCUGAGUCAUUGUAGAACAAGUGCUUAUCUGCUCUGUACAAUUAACUUUACAGAUGAGAUCAGACUGGUUGGUCCUGGUUCUUCUCUGUGUUCUGGAAGAGUGGAGAUCUACCACAGCAGUACAUGGGGAACAGUGUGUGAUGAUGACUGGGACAUGUCCGAUGCCAAAGUCGUGUGCAGACAGAUGGGCUGUGGAGUAGCUAUAAAUGCAACAAAAGAAGCCCACUUUGGUCCAGGCUCUGGUCAGAUCUGGCUCGAUGAAGUGAGCUGUUCUGGGAGUGAAAGCUCUUUAACUCAGUGUGGACACAGAGAAUUUGGUUCACAUAACUGUAGACACAGUGAAGAUGCUGGUGUGAUCUGUUCAGGUAAAAUGUAUGAGAUCAGACUGGUUGGUCCUGGUUCUUCUCAAUGUUCUGGAAGAGUGGAGAUCUACCACAGCGGAACAUGGGGAACAGUGUGUGAUGAUGACUGGGACAUGUCCGAUGCCAAAGUCGUGUGCAGACAGAUGGACUGUGGAGAAGCGUUAAGCGCACCAAAAGGUCCUACGUUUGGUCAAGGCUCUGGUCAGAUCUGGCUCGAUGAUGUGAGCUGUUCUGGGAGUGAAAGCUUUUUAGCUCAGUGUGGACACAGACCAUUUGGUUCACAUGACUGUGGACAUGGCAAAGAUGCUGGUGUGAUCUGUUCAGAGGGAUUCCCAACACCUACUGUUUCUCUGUCUCCUCUUGAGCUCAUGUGGGGUCAAAGUGCCAGUGUCACCUGUUCUAUUAAUGGACUUUCAGGUGGAACAUUCAUUCUGAGACACUUAAAUCAGGAAGUUCAGACUUUAGGCUCCAACCCCGCCACCUUUAACUUACCCCACGUGACUGCUGACAAUAAGGGGCCUUACCACUGUUUGUAUCGGAUGGUGCACUUAGGUCAGACCUUGGAUUCACCCCAAAGUGACUCACUUCUCAUCACUGUGGACCUUCUCGUGCCCAGCCUGUGUGUGUCUUCUCCUGCUGGGGGACACUGCUCCUCCGACACUGUCAACAUCACCAGGGGAGACAGUUUUGUCCUCAGCUGCUCUGUCCCCUCAGAUGUCCCAGAAGGCCUGUUCCUCCUGUGGUUCUCUGGCUCUAACAGCUCUGUCAGUGAGCCUUCAGUCAACCACUCAGCCUCCUUCUACUUCCCUGUGUCCCAGAGCCAACACCAGGGACAAUACAGCUGUGUGUAUCAGGUCACUGGGGCAGGACGCACAUACACCUCAGAGACAGUCCCCAUCCAAAUCUACAUUAAAUUGCCACUGGUGCUGUUUGUCGCCCCCUCUGUGGUUGGAGUCGUCCUGAUUCUUGGUUUGGUUUCACUGCUGCUUUUCCUGGUCCUUAAGAAAAGAUCUCGAAGUCAACAUUCAGAAAUCACCGUCCAAGCACAGAUCGAUGAAGCUGAAAACAAGCAUCUCGAAGAUAAUGAGGAUGAGAACGUUUAUGUCAAUGUUGAUGCACCAAACCUGUCUCCGACCUCCCGCAGAAGUCGACCAAGUGCUUUUGAGUGUCAUCUGGAGGUCAUGGCUGUCGGACGAGACAGAAAUGUUCUCUGUCUGCACAUGGUGAUGCUGCUGUUUGUAUCCCCUUUGCUAACAGGAGAUGAGAUCAGACUGGUUGGUCCUGGUUCUUCUCCAUGUUCUGGAAGAGUGGAGCUCUUCCAUUACAGUGCAUGGGGAACAGUGUGUGAUGAUGACUGGGACAUGUCCGAUGCCAAAGUCGUGUGCAGACAGAUGGACUGUGGAGAAGCAAUACGUGCAACAAAACAAGCCCACUUUGGUCAAGGCUCUGGUCUGAUCUGGCUCGAUAAUGUGAGCUGUUCUGGGAGUGAAAGCUCUUUAACUCAGUGUGGACACGGAGGAUUUGGUUUACAUAACUGUAAACACAGUGAAGAUGCUGGUGUGAUCUGUUCAGAUCAUAUCAGACUGGUUGGUCCUGGUUCUUCUCGAUGUUCUGGAAGAGUGGAGAUCUACCACAGCAGAACAUGGGGAACAGUGUGUGAUGAUGACUGGGACAUGUCCGAUGCCAAAGUCGUGUGCAGACAGAUGGACUGUGGAGUAGCAAUAAAUGCGACAAAAGAAGCCCACUUUGGUCCAGGCUCUGGUCAGAUCUGGCUCGAUGAUGUGAGCUGUUCUGGGAUGGACCUUCCCGUGCCCAGCCUGUGUGUGUCUUCUCCUGCUGGGGGACACUGCUCCUCCGACACCGUCCACAUCACCAGGGGAGACAGUUUUGUCCUCAGCUGCUCUGUCCCCUCAGAUGUCCCAGAAGGCCUGUUCCUCCUGUGGUUCUCUGGCUCCAACAGCUCUGUCAGUGAGCCUUCAGUCAACCACUCAGCCUCCUUCUACUUCCCUGUGUCCCAGAGCCAACACCAGGGACAAUACAGCUGUGUGUAUCAGGUCACUGGGGCAGGACGCACAUACACCUCAGAGACAGUCCCCAUCCAAAUCUACAUUAAAUUGGAUGAAGCUGAAAACAAUCAUCUCGAAGACAAUAAUGAGGAUGAGAAGGUUUAUGUCAAUGUUGAUGCACCAAAAUGCACCAAACCUGUCUCCGACCCCCCGGUGAGAAGAGAUCAGAUCAGACUGGUUGGUCCUGGUUCUUCUCGAUGUUCUGGAAGAGUGGAGAUCUACCACAGCGGAACAUGGGGAACAGUGUGUGAUGAUGACUGGGACAUGUCCGAUUCCAAAGUCGUGUGCAGACAGAUGGACUGUGGAGAAGCUAUAAGUGCGAAAAAACAAGCCCACUUUGGUCAAGGCUCUGGUCAGAUCUGGCUCGAUGAUGUGAGCUGUUCUGGGAGUGAAAGCUCUUUAACUCAGUGUGGACACAGAGGAUUUGGUUCCCAUAACUGUGGACAUGGUGAAGAUGCUGGUGUGAUCUGUUCAGGUAAAAUGUGUUUGUUUAUAUUUGACAUGAAAUCUUUUAUGAUAGUUUUCUCAGACAUUGCAUGUUGAAAAGGUUUUUAUCAGAUCAGACUGGUUGGUUCUGGUUCUUCUCGAUGUUCUGGAAGAGUGGAGAUCUACCACAGCAGUACAUGGGGAACAGUGUGUGAUGAUGACUGGGACAUGUCCGAUGCCAAAGUCGUGUGCAGACAGAUGAACUGUGGAGUAGCAAUAAGUGCGACACAAAAUGCCCACUUUGGUCAAGGCUCUGGUCAGAUCUGGCUCGAUGAUGUGAGCUGUUCUGGGAGUGAAAGCUCUUUAACUCAGUGUGGACACGGAGGAUUUGGUUCAAAUAACUGUAAACACAGUGAAGAUGCUGGUGUGAUCUGUUCAGAGGGAUUCCCAACACCUACUGUUUCUCUGUCUCCUCUUGAGCUCAUGUGGGGUCAAAGUGCCAGUGUCACCUGUUCUAUUAAUGGACUUUCAGGUGGAACAUUCAUUCUGAGACACUUAAAUCAGGAAGUUCAGACUUUAGGCUCCAACCCUGCCACCUUUAACUUACCCCAAGUGACUGCUGACAAUAAGGGGCCUUACCACUGUUUGUAUCGGAUGGUGCUCUCAGGUCAGACCUUGGAUUCACCCCAAAGUGACUCACUUCUCAUCACUGUGAAAUUUCCAAAGCCCAGUAUUUCUGUGUCCCCCUCUCGUGAUGUCAUGUGGGGUCAGCAUGGAGUCAGUGUGACCUGUACCAUCUCAACUCAGAUUUCAGGAGGAGUGUUCAAACUUAUGCACCGACAUCGAGACAUUCAGACUUCAAGCAGCCCAACGUUCUACUUACCACGAGUGACCUUUGACAGUGAAGGGUCCUACCACUGUCAGUAUCAGAGAGACACCUCAGGUCCAGUCCUCACGUCUCCACAAAGUGACUCUCUUACUCUUCAAGUCUCAGUGGACCUUCCCGUGCCCAGCCUGUGUGUGUCUUCUCCUGCUGGGGGACACUGCUCCUCCGACACUGUCCACAUCACCAGGGGAGACAGUUUUGUCCUCAGCUGCUCUGUCCCCUCAGAUGUCCCAGAAGGCCUGUUCCUCCUGUGGUUCUCCGGCUCCAACAGCUCUGUCAGUGAGCCUUCAGUCAACCACUCAGCCUCCUUCUACUUCAAUGUGUCCCAGAGCCAACACCAGGGACAAUACAGCUGUGUGUAUCAGGUCACUGGGGCAGGACGCACAUACACCUCAGAGACAGUCCCCGUCCAAAUCUACACUAAAUUGCCACUGGUGCUGUUUGUCGCCCCCUCUGUGGUUGGAGUCGUCCUGAUUCUUGGUUUGGUUUCACUGCUGCUGUUCCUGGUCCUUAAGAAAAGACCUCAAAGUCAACAUUCAGAAAGCACCGUCCAAGCACAGAUGAAUGCAGUUGGAAACCAGUAUCUCGAAGACAGUGAUGAGGAUGAGGCCGAUUAUGUGAAUGUUGAUGCACCACAAUGCACCAAACCUGUCUCUGACGCCCCGAUGAGGAGUAAUCAAUACCAAUCCUGCACAAGAUUCAAUGCUGUUAGAGAAGAUUCGACCAAUCAAGAAGAUGAAGAUGAUGAUGAUUAUGAAAAUGUUCGCGCUGCAACAAGCACCACAGCCCUGCAGAUCAACAAUAGAGGUGGAGAACAUGGCACACUCGGAAUUCAUGUCCUCAACCUCCCUUGGGAUUUGGGAGAACUUCUCCUGAAGGUCAGAAGUCGACCAAGUGCUUUUGAGUGUCAUCUGGAGGUCAUGGCUGUCGGACAAGACAGAAAUGUUCUCUGUCUGCACAUGGUGAUGCUGCUGUUUGUACCCCCUUUGCUAACAGGAGAUGAGAUCAGACUGGUUGGUCCUGGUUCUUCUCCAUGUUCUGGAAGAGUGGAGCUCUUCCAUUACAGUGCAUGGGGAACAGUGUGUGAUGAUGACUGGGACAUGUCCGAUGCCAAAGUCGUGUGCAGACAGAUGGACUGUGGAGAAGCAAUACGUGCAACAAAAGAAGCCCACUUUGGUCAAGGCUCUGGUCUGAUCUGGCUCGAUAAUGUGAGCUGUUCUGGGAGUGAAAGCUCUUUAACUCAGUGUGGACACGGAGGAUUUGGUUCACAUAACUGUAAACACAGUGAAGAUGCUGGUGUGAUCUGUUCAGAUCACAUCAGACUGGUUGGUUCUGGUUCUUCUCGAUGUUCUGGAAGAGUGGAGAUCUACCACAGCAGAACAUGGGGAACAGUGUGUGAUGAUGACUGGGACAUGUCCGAUGCCAAAGUCGUGUGCAGACAGAUGGACUGUGGAGUAGCAAUAAAUGCGACAAAAGAAGCCCACUUUGGUCCAGGCUCUGGUCAGAUCUGGCUCGAUGAUGUGAGCUGUUCUGGGAUGGACCUUCCCGUGCCCAGCCUGUGUGUGUCUUCUCCUGCUGGGGGACACUGCUCCUCCGACACCGUCCACAUCACCAGGGGAGACAGUUUUGUCCUCAGCUGCUCUGUCCCCUCAGAUGUCCCAGAAGGCCUGUUCCUCCUGUGGUUCUCUGGCUCCAACAGCUCUGUCAGUGAGCCUUCAGUCAACCACUCAGCCUCCUUCUACUUCCCUGUGUCCCAGAGCCAACACCAGGGACAAUACAGCUGUGUGUAUCAGGUCACUGGGGCAGGACGCACAUACACCUCAGAGACAGUCCCCAUCCAAAUCUACAUUAAAUUGGAUGAAGCUGAAAACAAUCAUCUCGAAGACAAUAAUGAGGAUGAGAAGGUUUAUGUCAAUGUUGAUGCACCAAAAUGCACCAAACCUGUCUCCGACCCCCCGGUGAGAAGAGAUCAGAUCAGACUGGUUGGUUCUGGUUCUUCUCGAUGUUCUGGAAGAGUGGAGAUCUACCACAGCAGUACAUGGGGAACAGUGUGUGAUGAUGACUGGGACAUGUCCGAUGCCAAAGUCGUGUGCAGACAGAUGGGCUGUGGAGAAGCUAUAAGUGCGAAAAAACAAGCCCACUUUGGUCAAGGCUCUGGUCAGAUCUGGCUCGAUGAUGUGACCUGUUCUGGGAGUGAAAGCUCUUUAACUCAGUGUGGACAUGGAGGAUUUGGUUCACAUAACUGUGGACAUGGUGAAGAUGCUGGUGUGAUCUGUUCAGGUAAAAUGUGUUUGUUUAUAUUUGACAUGAAAUCUUUUAUGAUAGUUUUCUCAGACAUUGCAUAUCAGAUCAGACUGGUUGGUUCUGGUUCUUCUCGAUGUUCUGGAAGAGUGGAGAUCUACCACAGCAGAACAUGGGGAACAGUGUGUGAUGAUGACUGGGACAUGUCCGAUGCCAAAGUCGUGUGCAGACAGGUGAACUGUGGAGUAGCAAUAAGUGCGACACAAAAUGCCCACUUUGGUCCAGGCUCUGGUCAGAUCUGGCUCGAUGAUGUGAGCUGUUCUGGGAGUGAAAGCUCUUUAACUCAGUGUGGACACGGAGGAUUUGGUUCAAAUAACUGUAAACACAGUGAAGAUGCUGGUGUGAUCUGUUCAGGGGCUUCAAUCAGACUGGUUGGUCCUGGUUCUUCUCGAUGUUCUGGAAGAGUGGAGAUCUACCACAGCAGAACAUGGGGAACAGUGUGUGAUGAUGGCUGGGACAUGUCCGAUGCCAAAGUCGUGUGCAGACAGAUGGACUGUGGAGUAGCUAUAAGUGCAACAAAAGAAGCCCACUUUGGUGAAGGCUCUGGUCAGAUCUGGCUCGAUGAUGUGAGCUGUUCUGGGAGUGAAAGCUCUUUAACUCAGUGUGGACACGGAGGAUUUGGUUCACAUAACUGUGGACACGGUGAAGAUGCUGGUGUGAUCUGUUCAGGGAGGCUCACAAAGCCAAAGAUUUCUGUGACCAGUCAAUCGGUGAUGUGGGGUCAGAGUGUCAAACUCACCUGUUACAUAAAUACAGACCAUUCAGGAGGAACAUUCUUUCUGAAGCGUUCAACUCAAAAUGUCCAGAGAUCUACCUCCAACCCUGCCACCUUCAGCUUAUCUCCAGUGACCUUUGACAAUGAAGGAUCUUACUACUGUCUGUAUCAGAAAGUGCUCUCAGGUCAAACACUCAGCUCUCCACAAAGUGACUCAGUGCAGCUUCAUGUCAGUUUGAGUCUUCCUAUGCCCAGCAUUUCACUGAAUCCUCAAGAGGUCACGUGGGGUCAAAGUGCCAGUGUCAUCUGUUCCAUCAGGACUGAGCAUUCAGGAGGAACAUUCUUUCUCAAGCGUUCAACUCAAAAUGUCCAGAGAUCUACCUCCAACCCUGCCACCUUCAGCUUAUCUCGAAUGACCUUUGACAAUGAAGGACCUUACCACUGUCUGUAUCAGAAAGUGCUCUCGGGUCGAACUUUCAGCUCUCCACAAAGUGACUCUGUGACGUUUGAUGUAUCAGGUAAGGCAUUUUCAAAGAUACAUUUAUGUUAA